AUGGGCAAACGCAAGCGCAUUCUCCUACAACGAAGCAGAAAGGCUGCAAAAGACAAGAUGGCCUCUAAGGAGCCACCCUCCUCACCUGAGGAGCCCAAGAAGGGCUAUGCUGAAGUUCUCAAGACCGAAUUUCCCUCGCUCUCCAACAACGCCCAGAUGAACACUAGUGGCCAAGCCAACAUGUGGUCUUCAACAGCAUCGCGGAAUCUGGGCAGCGGUCCGGUGCCGCGGAACCAGUCGACACCGCUAUCCGCGCAGAGCGCCCAGGAUGAGCUGUUCACUCCGACGUCGGCUCGUCAAGGCGGCUUCCGCUACGGCAACCAGAACAGCACAGGGGCGGCGGCCCAGGCGCAGUCCAACCCUGUGGAUGACUUCCCACCACUGAACCGGAACGCGAACGGUGAAAUCGGCGGCGAGCGGGGUGUCAACCUGAUGCCCUCAUUGGGCUUCAACAACCAGGCGGGUGGCGCCGCUGCUGCCGCUGCUGCGAUGCCUCCUAAUCGCGGCGCAGGAAACGGCCUGCUCAAUGCGCUAUCCGCAAACAGUAGGCCUUCAGAUGGUCGCUCACCUUCUAUUGCCAGCGCGCAAGGUCAAUCAAGGUCACAAGACGCGUCAGGCGAGGAGGAUGUCAGGUCUAAAGCAGGCGCUUUCCGGGACGACGUGCCAGGCGACAGCUCAUCCCAGAACGCCGAGAACCGCAAUCCUCUCGGAGCUAUUGGCAACGACUCACUAGCGGGCAAGGGUAAAGAGGAACAGGAGAGCCAAUCUAUCGAGGUGCAAGAUCCUCUGGCUGGUCUGGCGCCAAUCGACAAGUUUGGCAUGAAGGGUCUGCGCAUGUUGAUGAACAACUACCCCAGCUACGGCGCCCUGGUGCAGGGCAUGGAUCCUAACGACUUCAACCUGAAUGUCAACUCCCCAGAGCCCAUCUCGACCCAGAUCUAUUCUCUCUUCGACGACACGCCGCCUAGGCCCGCGAUCCCGAAUGUCCGUCUCCCUGAGUGCUACAAAGUUACGAACGUGCAGCCUAUCGAUACGAAGAUUCCGUCGUUUAACGAGGAGACGCUUUUCUGGAUCUUCUACAGCUGUCCCCAAGACAUGAAGCAGUUAUUAGCUGCUAAUGAGUUGCACACGAGAAACUGGCGAUGGCACAAGAAGAUGCAUUUCUGGCUGACUAAGGACGAGCUUAUGAUGCCCGCCAGCCUCGGACCUCACCAUGAGCGCGGCUACUACAUCGUCUGGGACACUGCGACCUGGCGCAAAGAACGCAGAGAGCUCACUCUCCAUUACGGCGACUUGGAGACAAACCUGCCAUUGACAGCAUGA